CUCGUCUGCUGCGGCCUCUAAAACCUGACCUAGGGUUUUGCCGAGGCUGCAAAGGGACUGAUUCUGAGGGAUUUGCAACAUCCAACAAUGGCCAGUGGUGCGAAUGGCUCGCCAGCGCCGGUGCCGAAGGUCGGAGUGGCCGUGUUCCUGUUUAAGGAAGGGAGGAAGGUUCUAUUGGGGCGGCGGCUCGGCUCUAUCGGUCACAACACCUUCGCUCUCCCGGGCGGCCACCUCGAGUUCGGUGAGAGCUUCGAGGAAUGCGCAGCGAGAGAGGUGAAGGAGGAGACUGGAUUGGACAUCGAGAAGAUGGAGUUCUUGACGGCCACCAACAACUUCUUCUCGGAGGGAGGGAAACCGCCGGUGCAUCUCGUUUGCAUCUUCCUGCGAGCAUCGCUGGCCGAUCCCGAUCAGGUACCGCGGGUUCUUGAGCCGGAGAAAUGCGGUGGCUGGGAUUGGUUUGAGUGGAACAGGAACAGCCUCCCGAAGUCCCUGUUUGGACCGCUGGAAACGAUGCUGAAUGCUGGCUUUGAUCCUUUCCCUGCUGCUGGUAAAAAAUGAUGCGAAUUGUUUGUAGAAAUCCUGAAGAUGUGAGGAUUUAGUGAAUUGGGAUUGAUUUUAUCUGCUACGUGAGUAGAAGAUUUCAAGAAGUUUCGUAUCUGCUGUUACUUAUCGAUCGCAAUCCCAAUUUUAUCUUAGAACAAGUAUUGGAUUGAUCAAAGGCCCAAUUUUUGGGACCCAUGUUGGAUUUGGUUCAGGUUUAAUUUUCCUUU